AUGCCCCUCUAUCGCAUCGCUCUGCUCACCGUCAUCGUCUUAGGCUCUUACGCCUCCAUCGUGGUCUCUGUACUCAUCGUAUCAUCAUACAUGCCGCCUCUUCUCUUCGUUAUGCUCUUUUACCCUACGCAGGUUUGGUUAGGUGUGGACACACCUGGAUCAUUGAAGGUUACUGACCUGGAUGAUAUUGAUAAAGACAAACAUGAUGCAGAGGAAGAAGACAGGGUGGAUAGUGAUGAUGAGAGACAAAAGAAGAAGAAAAGAAAGAAAAGGGAAUCGGAGAAGAACUAUGUUCUUGAUGAAGAUGACUAUGAGCUUCUUCAUGAUAACAACAUCACUGGAUUUCGACAUCCAAAAGUCGUGAGUCUCUUGCUCUACAUUCAGAUGGUUCUUCAGCAAUUAUCUUUCAUUUUCUUCUUCAAUAUUUGUCUUUCAUUUUUUUAA